UCGAGUUUGGCAGGAGGGGGUGGUCACUCGCAGACACAUCUUGACAAGUUGGAACUGAUUGAGUCUGGAAUGGAACGUGUUUGGCGUCAGCAAACGAUCGCUGCAGAUGUACAUAUGUAUCGACACUUGACACAGUAAUCUCGACUUUGUCGCAACGCUUGUCCCAUCCAACAGUUAUGUCAACCUCAGCACACGCUGGCUUCCACUGUCCAGGAUGCCACAAGGGUUAUGUGCGCGACGACAGUCGUUACAAGAAGCAUCUGCAGACUUGCAAAAUCUACAAAGCACGCUUGGAAGAAGACAAACAAGCCACUGCUAGCGCUGCUCAUAGUGAUGACGCCUUCGGUGGCGAUGCAAUCCGUGACAAUGCUCUCGGUGGCAAGGAGGACAAAGAAAAUGACAGCGACAACGACGGCGACUCAUCAAGUCAUCUCUCUCAAGACGAUGCCAUUAGUGGCGAUGCCGUCAGCACUGAGCAGGAUAGCAGUACGUCAGCAAGCCUUUUUCAUCAAGGAAUAACCUCUGACGAUGACGGCACAGAGGAUGACCAAUAUGAGCUCUCGUGUCAACCCAGCCCAGACAUUACAUCUCACUCCAAACUCGACCUCGUGAUAGAGCAACCCCAACGCGGCAUGUCUUUGCAUGGCCAUAACGGUGUCCACAAGCUCACCAAAGAGCCUCGCCCCAUCAGCCAGAGUGUCUACAAGCCCCAAGCUUCUCACUCAGAUCACACAACAGGCCACUUACCAUAUGCCAGCAAAGAACUCGACAAGGCUCUGACCAAGUUGGGCAGUGAAUACACGGCUCUUAGUGUGAAAAAUAAUGCGAAGCGCCGGGCUGAGGGCGAAGACAUUGGAUCGGAACGUGGAUCACCUCGCCAAUCCCUAUCCUUCUCGCCUUUCGAUGCUGGUGGUUUCCGUCAUCCUGGACCAGCCACUGGGUUGGACCGAGGAUCACGCACAUUCACUCAGCCCCGCCUUGUCCAACCCCGCUUCAAAGCAGACGAUACCGACCGUUCUUCCCCUCUUCAACCCGCAGCCUUGCACGGUUGCUCUUCUUCCAGACUCGAACACUCGUCGCAGCACCGGCCCGUUAAACCUAUGAUUCCGUCUAUCCCUAAUCACCACACCACUCCCGCUCACCACGUCUUACCCUCAGCUGAUCUGCACCAAACAGUAGUGUCAAGCCCUUCGCAAUCUGGCCAAGAGCCUACGUUGUUGGAAUGGCUUGUUGAUCGUGUCGACCUGUUUGUGGGAACGGACCAGUUGGGCAAGAAGCUGGACGCCAGACAGUGGCACAAAGACGACACAAACGACCACGGUCAAGGGGCUUGAGGUCGAGGGGAUGAUUUCUGACCUAUGGAAGAGAUGGGUUUAGUGCUGGGCUUGGUGGGAGAGGAGACGGAGGGUCGGCAUCGCUUGUAACUUGAUCUUGGUGGUGGAAGUAGAUACUCAGUGUGACGUGAAUAGCUACAAGUUGUGCAGUAUCUUGCUGAGCGCUUAUAGUGCUUGAAGUUUUUCUUUGCCUUGGUGCAUGUAAGUCCGUUU